GGUCACGAUAUGCUUGAGAACAGGGCCCCAUUAUGAAGCAGACUUCGUCUCAUUAGUUUUGCAUGGUCGAAGUCAACAUCCUGCAUCCUCCAACUUUUCUAGCAAUCACUGUCUCUUGGGGUGGGAAACAUAUAUGAAAUGUAAGGAGAAAUCACAGCGGGUUUUCUCACCUGCCGCGCGAGCCUGAUUUCCUCCUAGCUUCAAAUCUGUGGGGCAGCCACAUAGCAUAGCAAGUCAAAUAAUUGAUUAGCUGUCCAUCUUCCCCACACACUCUAUUUUAGCUGGGCUGCCCGCUUUAUUUUUUUGGCACCCCGUGAUGUGCAUUUUAUACCUUUCUCUCUCUUCCUUUUUAUAUAUAUAAAAAAGUGGAAAUAUUUUUGAACAGUUGCAAAACUUCUCGCCUCAGUCCCACCAGAUACGUUGCUGAGACUUACGACCUUUGGCCACCCUGACCCUCUUGAACAAUAGGUUAAUUUACAGCAUGGCCAAUACAAGGGGGCGCAAACAGGUAACAUCAUAAUCCUGUUUAGGACAUUCACCAGGCAAAGAGGCACACAAGAUUAAUGGGGGAAAGGUGUGCUGGGGCGCCAGCUUGUGCAAGAUUCAAACGCUUAUGCAUUUUUCUUUGUGUGGGCGGCAAUUGUUUCAGUUGGCAGGCAUUGCUUAGAAGCAAAUGCAGAAUUUAAAACAGAUUAUUUUUAACAAAACCUCCCCAAAAAAGGGGGCAAGCAUGAGAGCGGGAAACGCACUUAUUUUGCUGUUUUUCUUAUAAAAAGAAGACCUGUGGGCAGAGUCCACAAAACAGGGUGUGGGGAUUUAGGGGUGCGAAGGAUCUGCUCCCUAGGAUAGUGUCGAAUGCCAGCUGCACUGAGCCUCAAAGAGUGAGCGUCUCUAGUGCUUUUGUCUCCUUAUAUGGUAAAAUGAUACACAGGGGUUUUUCACUAGGCUGUGAAGGCAGGCGCCUGUUUCCACACAACACAGACAGCUGAGCAGAAAUCAGAAGAGCCGCUUGCUCAGAACUGGAGGAAUCCCCGGCUAGCUGUACAUCUCCUCUCCUCUGCCAGCAGGUCACUGUGUUGCCCAUUUAUUAAUGGAUGUGACUCCCCAUCCCAGCUCCAGAGGGUACCAUUAACUGCCCGCCUGUCAACUGCAAGGGGGAACACCAAAACAAGCAUGAGCAAUUGGCCUUGCUUGUCCUUCUCCCUCACACAAGGUUACCUAAAGGAACACCUGCACCUGAAUCAACCUGCCUGUGUCUUAAGAUCCACUUCAGAGGCCCUGUUUAAGUGCCUAAGCAACCAGGAUGACAGGCGGGCAGAAUCCUAGGUGUCAAAAUGACAGAGCGCUUUGACUGCCACUACUGCAAGGAGACACUGUUUGGCAAGAAGUACAUUUUGAGGGAGGAUAGCCCCUACUGCAUCAAGUGCUACGACAGCCUGUACUCCAACCCAUGCGAGGAAUGCAAAAAGCCAAUUGGCUGCGACUGUAAGGAUCUGUCCUACAAGGACCGGCACUGGCACGAAACUUGCUUCCACUGCUUCCAGUGCAAGAACUCGCUGGUGGACAAGCCUUUCGCAGCAAAAGAAGAACAUCUUCUCUGCACGGAAUGCUACUCCAAUGAAUACUCCUCCAAGUGUAGCGAGUGCAAGAAGACCAUCAUGCCAGGUACCCGCAAGAUGGAAUAUAAAGGAAGCAGCUGGCAUGAGACCUGCUUUAUCUGCCAUCGGUGCCAACAGCCAAUUGGAACAAAGAGUUUCAUUCCCAAAGACAGUCAGAAUUUCUGCGUGCCCUGCUAUGAAAAGCAGUUCGCUAUGCAGUGUGUCCAGUGCAAGAAGCCAAUUACUACAGGAGGAAUUACUUACCGGGAGCAGCCAUGGCACAAGGAGUGUUUUGUGUGCACUGGGUGCAAAAAACAGCUCUCUGGGCAACGCUUUACUUCCCGGGAUGAGUUUGCCUAUUGUUUGAACUGCUACUGCAACCUCUAUGCCAAGAAGUGUGCUGGAUGCACCAAUCCAAUCAGUGGACUUGGAGGUACCAAGUACAUCUCCUUUGAGGAACGCCAGUGGCACAACGAUUGCUUCAACUGCAAGAAGUGCUCCCUGUCGUUGGUGGGCCGCGGUUUCCUCACAGAAAGGGAUGACAUCCUGUGUCCUGAGUGUGGGAAGGACAUUUAAAAUGUGAAAAGAAUGAAACCACCAUCAACAGCUCUCACAAGUGCAUCUAUUUUCUCAAAUAAGCAAUGACGGCUGUGGGUUUUGACCAGAAGUGAAAAACGUGUUUGGGUCCGUCCCCCCCCCCCCGCAAUAUAUAUUCAUCAGAUUUUUUUUCUUUUUCUUUUUCUAGGUUGUAGAAAUGCUUUAGAGAAGGGAAAGACAAGAGGGUGGGGAGGUGGUUUUGACAUUGACUGCUAGGCAAUACAUUUAAUUUAUGAAUCGAGUCCAGUUCAAAUACGGAGUUGUGAGUUGCUCAGAUAUUUAGAGGAUAAAAGCUACCAGUGAAGAUGGCUGAUUAUUUUCUCCAGGUUCAGAGACAGUGUGGACUCUGAAUGCCAGGUGUUGGAGAACAUAACAGGAAGUGUGGUAUUGAGAUAGCGUUGCCAUAUGUUUGGAAUUUUCCAGACAUAGCCAGCAUUCAACCCCUUUAAGCAGCAUCCAGGCGGAAAUUGCUUAAAUGUCCAGGAAACUCUGGAUAUAUGGCAGCUCGUGUUGGUAGUGCAGAUUUAGCCAAUUUUAAUUUUUAAAAAAUAGCUCAAAAACGCAUUUUUUGUUGUUGAGAUUUCAUGAAAAAAAAGCUCAACAACUCAACAACUUUGCCACAAAGAGCAAAGCUCAAUAGCUUUUGUGUCCAGAUUUUCACUUUUUUAAAUAUGGCAACCCUAAUUUAGCUCAUACCCUGCUUGUGGACUUCCCAUAAUAAUCUGCUUGGCUACCACACAACAUAGGGUGCUGAUGUAGCUGGGCCUUUGGUUUGAUUCAACAGGGCUGUUACAUUCUUAGCAAUACAAAUUUCUCUUCAAAAGAUGUAAGUAGUUUAAAACUGAUAACAUAUUCGACUUGGGGAUUCCGGAAAGAUUACAGGAGCUACUGUUUGGUGUUGAUAGAUCAAGCAUCAAUGUCCAAGUAGGUGAUAAUUUGAAAGUAGAGUAUGUUGGUUCAAUCAGUGAUAGAAAGUUUUAUCUAGAUAGAUAGAAAGUUUUGGGUUAUGCCUUAAAAUAAAGGUUUUGAGGCUACAAUUCUAUGCACAUUUUCAUUGGAAUUACUCCCAUUGAACUGAAUGGGACGUGCUUUUGAACAGACUGCAUGAGGUUUAAAUUGAUGUGAAUCCGCAACACAUUAUUGCACAGUAUUACAGGGCCAUUUUGCAAAGUACAUCUUCAGUUUUUAGUAACUCGUUUUGAAAUUCCAUUGCACCUUGUAUUUUAUGAAGUAAUAAAUGUAUUUCUAAUGAAGUCUGCUGUAUUUUGGUGAAGUUGACAUCUUAGAGACUUAACUUUCAAUAAAUGUUAGCAUUUGAGGUAAGGCGUGGAUAAACUCCUUUUAUUUAAAAAGGAUGGAUCCAUAUAAACAACAAAACCAAACCCCAAAUCUCAAUGAGACCAUUAAAAAACAGAAGCAUUACAUGUUCCGAAAGUAACCGCCCAAUCGCUGGCUGCUACUGGUACAAACAGAAAAUUGCCCUUAUUUUCUGAAAUAUUGGGCAAUAAUGGAAAUUAAGAGCAGCUACAUUCCUGUUCCAGAUAUUUCCAGUAGUGUAUCUGCAGUGCUUGUACAAUAUUGCUCCAGUGUCUGCUGUUCAUCAUAAUUUCGCAAUCAGUAACUUCAGGCGCUGAUCAAAACAGAUUCUGAAAUCAUAAAUAAGCAGGAGGCAGAUGAGGUUGCAGCCUCCUCAGAUUUAUACUGUUAUGCAUAACUAUUAGUAGGGCUUGAGAAGGCUUUAUCUUCCUAGCUUAAGGAUAAGGUAGCUAGAAGUCAGCUCCUGCUACUGCAUUACAUUCAUUUUCACUUUUGUGUCCAAUUAUACUACGGUAGGUAGAUACUGGUAGUUUGUCUACUUUACGAAAACAUCUCAGCUCUUGAAAACAGGUCCGAAGAAAACGUAUAUAUGGCUCAGUGACAGAAUAUUUUCUGCUUUUCACACAGUCAGGAUAUUCAUGCAAAUUUAAAAUCUCUCAAACACUACUGUAUAGGGGAACCAUCUCAAAAAGUGUGCAGGGCACAAUUAUUUAUAAUAUUAGUCUUUUCAGGCAAAUUAUAAUUUUAGGGGAAGAAUGGUGUAAAUCAAUUUCUGGCAUAUGCUGUUUCUUUUCUACAAUAAAAACAUAAGCUCUCCAGUGAUUAAUGCAGAAGACUUAAAAUCCAUAUACUGUACUGUAUACUCAUAAGAGAAGACCAUAAGAUCUUGAUCUCUCUCCGCAAGCCAAAUAUUAAACUUUGAAACAGCAGUUUUCUGUGUAUUUCUACCAGUCAUGGAAGCCACUCAUCACAUAUAGCUGCAGCUGAGGAAUUCAAUGCAGGCUCUAGAACAAAACAAAGAAUGAAAAGGAAACCCCAAAUCAAUCUUGAUCUUCUUGACUUGAGUCAGCAGUGUGAUGCAGCAGCUAAAAAGGCCAAUGCAAUUCUGGGCUGCAUCAAUAGGAGUAUAGCGUCUAGAUCAAAGGAAGUAAUAGUACCACUGUAUUCUGCUCUGGUCAGACCUCACCUGGAGUACUGUGUCCAGUUCUGGGCACCACAGUU